AUGAAUUAUACCGGUAGAGGCGCCGUUAUCAGGCGGUUUUCAGCCGGGAUCGCAGCGGCUUCUGUGACGUUGGUGAAGCUUGGUAAAUCAGAACCAAAUGCGAGUUAUGAAUCGGCGUUAGAAUUGUGUCGCACCUUCGGUGUUCCGACUAAUCUACGACCACAGCAGUCUUCCGUCAUGGCAUCGAACUCGAUGGUUGACGCAGCACCUGUGGGAUUUAAUGAGAGCGCCCUUGCGGAGUCAUUGAGCUUCCAUGGAGAACAACUGUUGAUCAGCUUCAGCGAAACUCAUCCGGAUUGGAUUCGCGCGAUCGAGUGCUGGGAGGGUCGAUUCAAUGACUACAAGAACCCCGGUCUCUUGUACUGGAACCCCCGGAGAAAGGGACUUCUGUUUAACUUCAUAAAAAAUAAUGCGACCUGGCUUUUCCAGAAGCGCGAUUUUGUACUCAACGUCAACCGCGAUGCUUUCGAAGCGAGGAAUGAAAGCGGUUAUUAUGCGGUUCUCCCACCGCUUGAAAGGUUUCUGAAGAUUCCCGAAUCAAUCAGACGGAAAAGCGUAUAUGAUUUGAUACGAGCUGGUGAUAUGGUUGUUGGUGUUGUCACGUCGCUUCUGCGAAAUGAAAUACAAGUAAAAAUCCUUGCGUUGGAACCACCGAAAUCUAGACAAAUUCAUGAUCUGGAUAUCAUGGGUAUUAUGUCCCUGAGUGAAAUGCCGCCAGAUGCUGGAGUUUUUAAUGUCAACACUCUUCUACGCUGUGAAGUUAUGGGGAUGAAUCGAGCGAAUGGACACAUUUUUCUGGGAAUGCAAGGGAAAUAUGCUCCUCCCAGUUUACUUCAUCAAGUUGCCCUCGGAAAAAUUGAGAACGACGACUUGCCUGAAUCUUACAGGAAGAAUAAUGAAAUUGGCGUGCCGGGCAAGGAGGCCUCUUACGAGGAAACGCUGCUCAAAUCUCAAAGCUUCUUCAAUCCCAGAUGCGUGGAAUUUCUCGCAUCAUCGUUCGGCAUUGAUUUGAAAAGCAGAAGCAGCUUUCUGACAUUCCACUCGCCAGAAAUCUCGGAAUGUUCCAAGCCGGGAAAUUUGAGAAAGCGGCAAAAAAGACUCGCAGCGAGGGAAAAUGUGGAGUAUGGCGUGGAACUGAUCAGGCAAGGGAAAUUGGAUUCAUGUGAAGGAUAUUUCAACAACGCCCUGACAAUGGAUCCUGAGAAUGUGGAUGCAUACAUUUAUCGCGGAGUCAUGCAUGCCAACAGUGGAAGAUACUCCCCUGCCUUCCGUGAUCUUCAACAAGCGCUUUCAAUGGAUCCGAAGAACUCGACUGCGAUCAAUUACCUGGUCAGUGUGGAACGAUUCCGUGGUGAAGAGUUCUACAAAGCCCUGGACCACAGUGCAGCCAUGAAAUGCUUCGAGACUGUGCUCUUUCACGAUCCCCACGAUGAAAAGGCCCGAGAAUUCGUGGAAAAGAUCAAGGCUGAACUGGUGGAGAAGCCGCUCAAAUUGAUCAGUUUGUCUCCGCGAGAAUUUGAGAUUCAAGGUGUGGAUACAUUCACCGACCGACAACUUUUCGAAGCAGUUGACGCUUACCGGGACAUCGCUGGUCACAGCAGAGUUUCGAGCAGUAUUUUCAGACUAACUUUCCGUAGACCCGUGGAUCACCUCGAAUUCGUGAAAGACCUGAGUUCUUCGUUGAAGAUGGAAAUUGUGACCGAAAUCUGUCAAAAGACAGUCUUUUUUUCCAAUGGCAUUUGCUCGAAUACCUCUGUGUCAGCUGGGACGACCAGUGCUGUAAAUACAAUUACGGAAACUGCGACUGUUGCGUACAAGCGAAUAGAUCCUGUCGAUUUCUUGCUGAAGGCGUUUCCGAAGAAAGGCAACGAAAAGUCCCAGAAAGUUCAGAGAAUCGAGGAACUGAAAUCUAAAUUUCAAGACCUAUUGGAUCCGAAUGAUCCAAAAGCCGAUGAAAAGUUUGGCCAGUUCCUGAAACUGAUGGGAGAAAAGGGUAAGAAGAAAAGCCGAAAGCGACGCAGUUCAUCAUCUUCCUCCUCAUCCUCGUCAUCUGUAUCGUCCUCAUCGUCAUCCUCCAGUGAAUCAGAAGAAGAGCGGAAAAAGAAGAAAAAGAAAAAGAAGAAAAAAGUUAAGAAGGGGAAGAAAGUGAAGAAAACUAGGGACAGUAGUGAAGAGAGGAAACGGAAAAAAAAGAAAAGCAAGAAGAAGCGCGAAGAGGUGGUUGAGAAGUGGGUGGAAAAACCGACGACGAAAUCUGAGGAAUCUGUGGUUAAAAAGGAAGAAUUUCCAGAUAAGGAAACCAGAAAAGUUGAGACUCCCUUGUCACCGAAGAAAGCCGAGUCUUCCAUCAUGGAUCUCAUUCGGAAACACGAAGGAAUCCAGCCUGUAAAAGAGAAGAAAGAGCUUUUGAAACCUACAAGCGCAGACUUCGAAGAAUGGGAGGAGUCAAGUCCGAAAGAGAACCCCGAAGAAUUCCUGCCGAAACUAGAGAAACCUGAUCUUUCAGAGCCCCUAACGGCAGCCUUUGCCGAGGCCAGCUCUCCUCGACCAUUGGUAAAUCCAUUGGAAGAAGCGCACCAGCUUCUCGCACGCGUAUCUGAGUUGGAGAAUCGAGCUCUUUCCAUAAGUUCGGAAAUACGAGGUGUUCGCGAAAUCAACGGAGGAUCUCGAACUUCGGAUCAACCGAAGACGUUGUCGAUCGAAAAAAAUGACAUGGAGGAGCGGGAAGAAGCGCCAAAAUUCAUCAGUAAAUGGAAACCAGUAAAGAAUAUUGUUGAAACAUUGCCGCAGCAGAAGAUCAGCAUAAAUUUUUUGAACAGCGCAAGACCGCCGCCCCCACCUGCAGGAAAACCGCCAGAUGCGCACAAUUCCAAGGCUUUAACUGGAACAGCUCCUAGAGAGCGAAGUCAGUUGAAUCCGUUCACGAUUCACCGCGACGUUCAAAAAGCCGUCACCGUUCCCGAUCCAGAAGCCGUUCCCGGGAACCUCGAUCCCGGUCCCGCAACAGCAGUCGGGGUCAUCGUCGUCGACGUCGACGACGUUCCGGGUCGCGAUCCGGAAGUUCCCGGUCUCGAUCUCGUUCGAGAAGCCGCCGCCACGGCGGCUAUCGUCGUCGUUCUCGGAGUCGCGACAGGCGCCGGUCUUCGCGGAGCUCGUCGAGUGACUCGGAAUACAGACGGAGGGGACAUGGUUUCUCGAGAGGAAGAACCCGGAAUCGCGGGAGGCCGUUUUACAAUUCGAAUCGAUAUUUUCGAGGAAGACCCUACUGACGGAAGGAAGAAGUUCUCGAGAGCAUCUGAGACGGGGGUGAUAGUGUUUGAGAAGUGUUUUUUUCAGGAUUUUCAAGUCAUGGCUGAUGCUGCUCAGAUCAGGGUCCAAGAUGCAGUGACGCAAAUGAUCAAUGACCUGGACAAGUUGACAUUACGUCGAAUGCAGGGUGAUAUGCAUCGUUGUGCAGCACGAUGUUGCGAUGAUCGCGAGUCUCACCUGGAGGCGAUCCAUCGUUGCAUCGAAAAUUGUGCAAUUCCUUUGAACAAGGCUCAAACAAAGGUUCAAGGAGAGAUGCAACAGUUUCAGAAUCGUCUUCAACGCUGUGUGUUGACGUGUCAAGACAAGGUCCAGGACACUUUGCGACCGGAAACGACGGAAGUGGAGGUUUGA